AUGCGGCUGAGUACCAUCCUGCUGGCCAUUACAGUCGCUGCUCUCGCUAGCGUCAGUGGUGCGUCGACGACCGACCUCUCUAAGACCGCUUCCAUCAAGCUUGAACACUCGUCUGUUGCCGCUCAGGCCAAUAUCAAUGUCCACCGACGUUUGAGAAAGCAUGAUAGCCAGCUCGAUCGACGUGCAGACAGAGAAGAGAGAGCAAACAUUGGGACCUGGCUGUCGGAGAAUAUGGCCAAACUUAAGGCCUUUUUAAGCAAGGUUGACGAGAUGGACGUCAAGGCAGCGCAGAUGAUCAAGGGCAAAACCGUAGAGGAAUCGGAAGAAGUCCUCACCAAACUUUGGGACGAUGUAUUGCCCCUGUUGCAAGGGAUGGAGAAGCAGGGAAUCACUCCUCAAAAUCUAGCAAAGCACUCCACGUUCAAGAAGCUAUUUAACGAGGAAGCUACCCACCUGAAGCAAUAUUUCGAUUUGUAUUGGAAGACUUUCAAGGACAACAACGUCUGA